CUCGAACCGACCCAAGACCUUAGUUACAAAAUUACCCAGUAACCGAUUUUACUUUUGAAAUCACUUGUAUAUAUACUAGUGUCAGGGCUUACUAGGCCAAACCUGAUAUCAAAAUGGUGUCACUCAAAAUACAAUUAUUGGCGACUAUUAUGUUCAUAUCUAAGGUUUACAGUCAAAAUUGCGGGUGCACCUGCGGCGGGGGCAGCAUACAGCGAUGCGGCUCCGGCUCGGCGGCGCCCACCUUCGUCCCCGGCGGACAGUUCGUCGUGCCCGCCGUUAUCGUGCCCAAGAUCCCCCAGUGCCAGACCACUGCGCCCAAGAGACAACCCUCGGCCGCGUCUUGCACGUCCGCACCCUGCGCCGACGAAGACGAUGAUGAACUGGCAAGACUCUUAUACUGCCUCGUCUGCAAUAUGAUCGAAAGCAAGAAAUGCUCAGGAAGAAAACAGAGCAGUUAUGACAGCUGCGCGUCCGCGAGCGACGGUUACGACGGCUCCGCGAGCGGCUGCGGGGACGACGACGACUACUGCUCGUACGCGCCCUCGCUUGUGUACAGCUGCGGAGCCGGCGCCGGCGCCGGCGGCGGCGACUCUUGCCCUGAGAUAUGCGUCUACGUUAGACAAGCCCCUACAUCGGCCUGCGCCGAUUGUUAAAUUACUUUAAUGGUAGGAACAAAAUACAUUUAAUUUUGUAAAUAUAGAGCACUCCUUUUAUUCU